GUCCAAAUCUAUACGGUAACAAAAUCAGGCAUUGCAAGUGCUGAAAAAUUCGAGGAGAUUCUUCGAAUCAGUGCUCCGCUGGUGAAUAUUACUGCGGAAGAGAUUGCUAAAAGCAGUGCAACAUUCCGGGUAACACUUCGAUCGGCUGUUGUCUUCGAUCCACCAGAGUGCAGCUUACAUAUUGUGGUGUUGGAUAUGCGCAGCAUGACCAUUUAUGACCGUAUCACGCCAAUUACACCCACAAUAUCACCCAUUGUCCUGGAAGGGUUGCGUCCGUAUCAUCGCUACACUAUUCGCUCAGAAUUGCGAACCAUGGAUCCUAUCUCAUUCGAAACGCAGCAGGACCGACCUGGGCCAGUGCGGAACCUCACUGUUCGCAUUUUGAAUCCAUACAGUGCACAGCUUUUUUGGCUACCGCCGGCUCUCCCCAAUGGUAUCAUCACGCACUACAUCGUCAGCAUACAUCCCAUGGUUUGUUUCCUCAAGCAAUCCAGUAUAUUAUGUCAUGAGCAAUAG